GAAUAUAUAUGUGUGUUUGUAUUAUAACUAUUAUACUCUUUUAGAGGAGUGUUUUAUUGAUAUGACCAUAUUUGUACAGACGUAAUCAUGUUGAGGAUCGUGAGUCUGGCAGUGACUUUGGCCGUGUGUGUGGCACGACCCAACCAAUGGGACGACCAGUUAGGGCUCUUCCCUGCUGACGGCGGGGACUCUCAGCCCAUCCUGCCUCGCGCCGUCGCCAACCCUACCACGCCCAACCAGAUACUCGACGCAGUGCUCGAAGGAGCUAUCGAAUACAUGGAAUCACUAGGAUGGUGUGAUUCCAAAAACGUGCAGAACGGAGAGUCAAACCUGCCCUUCCAAGUUAACUCUGACGGAAGCAGCUCCGAGAACUUCAGCAUCACUAAGGCCAACGUGACUGGACUCUGCUCCCUGCGCCGUUCCAAGUCCGCUUCCUUCAACGCUGAUCAGAGUGUGCUCACCGGUUCAGUUGUGGUGGAAAACGCUCGUGCUAACGCCGACUACACGGUAACUUUUGCCGGUGUUGGAGAAGCUCCAGCACAGACUGUUUCUGGUCAAGUUGUAGAGCGUGUGGACAAACUGUUCGCCGACAUCCAGAUCAACUUGUUAAACCUUGUGCCCCAGACAUCGCCAGCUACACCGCAAUCGGUCAUCUGCUGA